GCUACGGGGGGAUGGUAUUAUCUCAGUGCGAGAUGGAGCGCCGUUCCGUCGAGCAGUGACGAGAGAGGAUGCUGUUGUUGGCGUUCUCCGCCUGGAUCCUUCUGGGUCCACCCACUGUCCAGGCCCAAUGGUCCACGCCGAAUCCUUCGGUGUUCAACAUCGGUGGAGUAUUGAGCAACAACUCCAGCGAGAAUUACUUCAAGGAGACGAUUGCCUACCUCAACUACAAUACCCAGUAUGUGCCGAAAGGAGUCACCUAUUACGACAUCGCCAUCCCCAUGGACCCAAAUCCUAUACGCACGGCCCUCAACGUCUGCAAAUAUCUCAUUUCCGAGAGGGUUUACGCCGUGGUCGUUUCGCAUCCGCUAACCGGUGACCUCUCACCUGCAGCGGUGUCCUACACCAGCGGCUUUUACCACAUACCCGUGAUCGGUAUUUCUUCCAGAGAUUCCGCAUUCUCCGAUAAGAACAUCCAUGUAUCUUUUCUGAGAACCGUGCCACCGUACUCACAUCAAGCCGACGUGUGGGUGGAGAUGCUUAAACACUUCAACUACAAGAAGGUCAUCUUCAUCCACAGCUCGGACACCGAUGGUCGCGCGAUUCUAGGUAGAUUUCAGACGACUUCGCAGAGCCUCGAAGAUGACAUCGAGAUCAAGGUGCAGGUGGAAUCCAUCAUAGAGUUCGAACCGGGCGUAGAGAACUUCGCCGAACAGUUGAACGAGAUCAAAAACGCGCAGGCCAGGGUCUACCUUAUGUACGCCAGUAAAACCGACGCCAAGGUAAUCUUCCGCGACGCCGCCACCAUGAACAUGACGGACGCCGGAUACGCUUGGAUAGUCACGGAACAGGCGCUCGAAGCGGAGAAUGCACCGGAAGGAAUCCUCGGUCUUCGCCUUGUCAAUGCGACAAACGAGAAAGCGCACAUCAGGGACAGCAUAUACGUGCUGGCCUCCGCCUUGAGGGACAUGAGUCAGACGGAAGAGAUCACGGAGGCGCCUAAAGAUUGCGACAAUUCUGGAUCCAUCUGGAAGACCGGGAAGGAGCUGUUCGGCUACAUCAAACGGCAGGUGCUUCUUAACGGGGAGACCGGAAAGGUGGCCUUUGAUGAUCAGGGCGAUAGGAUCCACGCCGAGUACAAUAUUGUGAACGUGCAACGCAGACGGAAACAGAACCCGGUCGGAAAAUACUUUUUCAAUAAAGAGACCGACAAAAUGGGUUUGUCGGUUGACGAGAAGAGCAUCGUGUGGCCGGGAAGGUUGCAGACAAAACCAGAGGGUUUCAUGAUCCCCACACAUCUGAAGGUGCUGACCAUCGAGGAAAAACCGUUCGUCUACACUAGAAAGCUGGGAGAGCUUGAGGAGUGUCUCCCGGAUGAGAUACCUUGUCCGCUCUUCAAUGCAACGCAAGACGAAACCGGUAAAUACUGUUGCAAAGGUUUCUGCAUGGAUCUGCUGAAGGAAUUAUCGAAGAAGAUUAAUUUCACGUACAGCUUAGCUCUAUCGCCCGAUGGACAGUUCGGAAAUUACGUACCCAAGAACAGCUCAAAUAAAAAAGAGUGGACCGGAUUGAUCGGUGAAUUGGUGAUGGAAAGGGCGGAUAUGAUCGUCGCCCCGUUAACUAUCAAUCCAGAACGAGCGGAGUUCAUUGAGUUCAGCAAACCAUUCAAAUACCAGGGAAUCACGAUUCUCGAGAAAAAACCAUCGAGAUCGUCCACGUUGGUGUCUUUCCUGCAACCCUUCAGCAACACCCUUUGGAUUCUUGUGAUGGUAUCCGUGCACGUCGUAGCUUUGGUGCUGUACCUUCUGGACCGUUUUUCUCCAUUCGGUCGAUUCAAAUUGGCCAACACGGAUGGCACCGAGGAGGACGCACUGAAUUUAUCUAGCGCCAUCUGGUUCGCGUGGGGCGUCCUGCUCAACAGCGGCAUCGGAGAAGGGACACCGAGAAGUUUCUCCGCCCGUGUCCUCGGCAUGGUUUGGGCAGGCUUCGCCAUGAUCAUCGUCGCCUCGUACACUGCCAACUUGGCUGCCUUCCUCGUGCUCGAGAGGCCGAAGACCAAGCUCACUGGAAUCAACGAUGCCAGAUUGCGUAACACAAUGGAAAAUCUCACGUGCGCUACCGUCAAGGGAUCUGCAGUGGAUAUGUACUUUAGGAGGCAGGUCGAGUUAUCCAACAUGUACCGCACCAUGGAAUCCAAUAAUUACGCAACCGCCGAAGAAGCUAUAACUGAUGUUAAACACGGGAAACUGAUGGCUUUCAUCUGGGACAGCUCGAGGUUGGAGUUCGAAGCGGCGCAGGAUUGUGAGCUGGUUACAGCUGGUGAACUCUUCGGAAGAUCUGGUUACGGCAUUGGGUUGCAGAAAAGCAGUCCCUGGUCGGACGAUGUUACUCUAGCUAUCCUAGAUUUUCACGAGAGCGGUUUCAUGGAGAGCCUGGACAACAAGUGGAUCCUUCAGGGCAACCUGCAGCAAUGCGAGCAGUUCGAGAAGACGCCGAACACCCUAGGCUUGAAGAACAUGGCCGGGGUGUUCUUCCUCGUAGCAGUGGGUAUAGCCGGCGGCAUCAUCCUCAUAGUCAUCGAGAUGGCCUACAAGAAGCACCAGAUCAAGAAGCAGAAGCGGCUUGAUCUCGCCAGACACGCCGCCGAUAAAUGGCGGGGAGCGGUGGAGGUUUCCAAGCGGAAGAACUUGCGUCAAUCAUUGGCCACGCAGCGCAGGAUCAAAUCAAACGGUGUCAACGAUCCGACCACGAUUUCCCUGGUCGUGGACAAGUACCAGAGGAUUGGUGGACCGGAAAGGGCGUGGCCCGGAGACUCUGAUAUCCGGUAUAGGAGAGGCGACGACGCCGGCGUCCAACCGGUGCCCAGAUACCUUCCAGCUUACACACCGGACGUCUCACAUCUAGUCGUCUAAAGUCUAUAAUCAUAAAUAUAUAUAUAUAAAAAAUGCUUUCCCUUCCAUCCCUUAGUCAAAUCAAAAAAAAAUAUAACCCUAUUAGUA